CUCGGCCAUUCACACGUGCUGCAGUUCAGAAGCGCGCAGCUGUGGUGAAGAUGGCGGACACUGAGAGUAAGAAAGAGAAGAAAAAGAAGGCCAAGAAGAUUUCUGACGAAGAAGUUGGGGACAUUCAAGAAAGCGGAGACUUCCUCAUUAAGCCAGAGUCUAAGGUUGCCAGCUUGGACACAUCUCAAUGGCCGUUGCUGCUGAAGAACUUUGAUAAGCUGAACAUCAGGACUGCUCAUUACACUCCUCUGCCACAUGGCUCCAAUCCGCUCAAGAGGGGCAUACACGAUUAUGUCAGGUCUGGCUUCAUUAACCUGGACAAACCCGCAAACCCAUCCUCCCAUGAAGUCGUGGCUUGGAUCAAGAGAAUCCUUCGUGUUGAAAAAACAGGUCACAGUGGCACUCUGGACCCCAAAGUCACAGGCUGCCUGAUCGUGUGUGUGGAGCGAGCCACACGUCUGGUCAAAUCCCAGCAGAGCGCAGGCAAAGAGUAUGUGGGCAUAGUACGGCUGCACAAUGCACUAGAGAACGAACACCAGCUAGCGAGGGCUCUGGAGUGUUUAACAGGAGCUCUGUUCCAGAGGCCGCCGCUCAUCGCUGCUGUGAAGCGCCAACUGCGAGUGCGCACCAUCUACGAGAGCAAGCUUAUUGAAUAUGAUCCUGAGAGGAGAUUAGGUAUUUUCUGGGUGAGCUGUGAAGCAGGCACGUAUAUCCGAACUCUCUGCGUGCAUCUGGGUCUGCUGCUGGGGGUCGGCGGGCAGAUGCAGGAGCUGCGACGAGUCCGUUCCGGUGUUUUGGGUGAAAAGGAUAACCUGGUGACCAUGCAUGACGUGUUGGACGCCCAGUGGCAGUUUGACCACAACAAAGACGAGACGUAUCUGAGGAGAGUGAUCUUCCCUCUGGAGAAACUCCUCAUCUCCCAUAAGAGGAUCGUCAUGAAGGACAGCGCUGUGAACGCUAUAUGCUACGGUGCUAAGAUCAUGUUACCCGGCGUCCUCCGGUAUGAAGAUGGCAUCGAGGUGAAUCAAGACAUUGUGGUUAUAACUACUAAAGGAGAAGCCAUUUGCACAGCGGUUGCUCUGAUGACCACAGCUGUAAUAUCCACAUGUGACCAUGGGGUUGUCGCUAAAAUCAAGCGAGUCAUCAUGGAGCGAGACACAUAUCCACGUAAAUGGGGCCUUGGACCCAAGGCCAGCCAGAAGAAAAUGAUGAUCCAAAAGGGACUUCUAGACAAACAUGGCAAACCGAACAACAGCACACCUACAGACUGGAAAGAGGGCUACGUAGACUACAGCACAACGAAGGUGAAAAAGGAUAGUGAAGCUUCUGCAAAGAGGAAACGAGACGAGAGUGGAAGUGAAAGCGAAGCUGCAGCUGCUGCUCAGGACACCUCAAAGACGGAGGAAGAAAUCAAGAAGGAAAAGAAGAAAAAGAAGAAAGAAAAGAAGCAGAAGUUGGCAGAAGAAGCAGCGGCCGAGGCUCCAGCGGAGGAAGAAACUGAGGUUACCGAGAGCGCUAAGAAGAAGAAGAAAAAGAAAAAGGCCAAAGAGACCGAGGCAGACUCUGAUUGAACACUCGUGUAAUACUGUAGAGGAGAGAGUGCUGUAAAUGUGGACUCGUCUAAUGGACAUUUAUUCCUCCCUCCAUUCAUUCAUUCAUCCAUCCGGUCAGUCAUGUCUGCUGCGGUGUGAUAGUGGACAGAACAACGGCUCAGUGAAGAUCCAAGAGUUUGAAGUUUGAUCUUUGUAAAUGGUUGCGGUUGUGAUGCUCUUUUGUUUUUCUUAAACGAGACCCGUAUUGUCUGGGUAUAUUCAUGUAUUUGAAUGGAGAAUUUCUUUCUUUUUUUUAUUGUAAAUACAGAGAUUGUAAUCCUGUUAUCAAAUGAAACGACUGACUUUUUACAAAAACAAAA